UUCCUCAUUCUUCUUUUCGUACAUUGAGCUUCUUUGACUGUGGUUCUAGAAUAUACUUCUUGUUGAUUAUGGACAAUAUAACUAUUUUACAGUUAUAGAACUGCUUUUUUUUUCUUGUAACUGGAGAUUUUAUCUAGUUUUCGGUUUAAUUACUUAUCGUCGAACAGGCUCAACAUGGCAUCUUGUAGUGAGACCAGCGUUGACUUCUACCAAAUACCCUUAGUUGCUUUAAAUCAUAGUGUUAGGAAAAAGCUUGGACUCUACUUAAAUCCGUCCAGCACUGUGGCAGAGGACUGGACUAAUAUCGCAGAGAGGAUGGAGUUUUCGUACCUUGAAAUUAAAAAUUAUGAAACGUGCCAAAAUCCUACUCUGAAGAUUUUGGAAGAUUGGCAAGCGCGCUGCCCAGACACAAGCGUUGGAAAAUUACUGUCGAUAAUCGAAGCUGCGGAAAGGAUGGAUAUAAUCUGUGAUCUCAAACCACUAAUAGAGGCUGACUGCAUCAAGUAUCGGAAGAAGCAAAAGGACCCUCCAGUCCAGGUCCCAGAGGUGCAUAGCUCUAUCAGAACCCCUGAGCCUUAUAGCAUCACCAUGCUUGACGAUCCUAGGGGUCACUCUCCUGAGAUGUUUGAUGCCUUCAUCUGCUACUGCCAGAGCGAUUUUGACUUUGUCUACGAGAUGAUCAAGGAGCUGGAACAGACGUCCCACAAGCUGAAGCUGUGCGUGUUUGACAGAGAUGUCCUGCCUGGAACGUGUGUGUGGACCAUCACCAGCGAACUCAUUGAGAUGAGGUGCCGAAAGAUGGUGGUCAUUAUUUCCGAUGACUACCUGGACAGUGAGGCUUGUGAUUUCCAGACAAAGUUUGCUCUUAGCCUCUCUCCAGGUGCUCGCACCAAACGACUCAUUCCAGUGGUCUACAAGCCAAUGAAAAAGCCAUUUCCAAGCAUUCUACGGUUCCUGACGAUCUGUGACUACAACCGGCCCUGCACGCAGGCUUGGUUUUGGAAUCGGCUGGCUAAGGCCUUGUCUCUGCCCUGAUGGUGUGGGAUGGGUUGUGCGAAGGUCAUGAGUACACCACAAUAAUCCCUUUCAUUGCUAGCAGGUGGGGAAGUCUCUGGUUAGGUUUCCGAGCAGUAGAUGGCACCUACCUGGCAGACUCUGGAGUUUCUUUGUUAUACAGUUGCACGAAUGGUCUGCUUGCCAAACACGCACUUCUCCAAUACGCUCUAGUCUAGCUGAAGCAAUCAUAUCGAAGGGCG